GACGCGGCUCAGCUUUGGGGACAGGCUGCUUCUGAACUGUACAGCAGGUGGGGAGCCCAAGCCCAGGAUAAUCUGGAGGUUGCCCUCCAAGGCUCUUGUGGACCAGUGGCACAGGAGAGAGAGCCCCAGCCCAGGGUGUUCCCAGCAGAGCCAGCACUGCUCACAUCCAACAACUCCAAAACUGGCAGUGACAUCAGGAAUGGGAAGUCGGAUCCAUGUCUACCCCAACGGAUCCUUGGCUAUUGAGGCAGUUACAGAAAAGGAUGCAGGUGAUUACCUGUGCGUCGCAAGAAACAGAAUCGGGGAGGAUCUGAUCCUGAUGAAAGUCAGCAUCGCAAUGGAACCAGCCAAGAUUGACCACAAGCAGCAGUUCAAGAAGCUGGUGCCGUACGGGAAGGGUUUCAGAGUGGACUGCAAGGCCUCGGGGUCACCCACCCCAGCAAUAUCCUGGGGCCUGCCGGAUGGGACGGUGGUGAACGACGCGAUGCUGGCGGACGACAGCGGGCACGGGGCUCGCAGGUACGUCCUGUUCCACAAUGGCACUCUGCACCUCAACAAAGCUGGAGUGGCAGAAGGAGGAGACUACACGUGCUACGCCCAAAACACCCUGGGGAGGGACGAGAUGAAGAUCCAUGUCACAGUCGUUGUGGCAGCCCCUCAAAUAAAGCACAACCACAAGACACACGUCGCAGUGACAGCUGGAGACACAGCCCAGCUGGACUGUGAGGCUGCUGGAGAGCCCAGGGCACAGAUAUUCUGGCUGCUGCCCUCCAGUGAGAUGAUCUCCUCGUCCACAGACAGGCACUCCCUGCACGCCAACGGCUCGCUGUCCAUCGGGCAGGCCGGCCUGCUGGAUGCUGGGGAGUACCUGUGCGUGGCUCGGAACCCUGGCGGGGACGACAGCAAGCUGUACAGGCUGGCUGUGGCUGCCAAACCCCCCAUCAUCAAUGGCCUACACAGGAACAAAACCAUCAUGAAGGUGACUGCAGUGAGGCACUCCAAGAAACACAUCGACUGCCGGGCAGAGGGGACACCUCCUCCCCAGAUUAUGUGGAUCAUGCCCGAUAACAUUUUCCUAACAGCCCCAUAUUACGGGAGCAGGGUUGUGGUGCACAAGAACGGGACACUUGAGAUUCGGAACAUCAGGCCCUCAGACACGGGAGAUUUUAUCUGUGUGGCACGUAACGACGGGGGAGAGACUGUGCUGGUGGUGCAGCUAGAAGUCACGGAAAUGCUACGGAGACCAAUGUUCAAAAACCCUUUCAACGAGAAAAUAAUAGCAAAACCUGGGAAGCCCAUCACACUGAACUGUUCUGUGGAUGGAAACCCUGCCCCGGAUAUAAGCUGGAUGCUGCCCAAUGGCACGUGGUUUUCCAGCAGCAUCAGGACACCCCAGUUUGUGACGGGGAGCAGCGGCACCCUGACCAUCGCCAGCGCCCAGAGCCAGCACGCCGGGCGGUACCGCUGCGCUGCGCGGAACCAGGUGGGCUACAUCGAGAAGCUGCUGCUGCUGGAGGUGGCCCAGAGGCCCAGGAUCCUGAGCCAGCCGGCAGGGCUGGUGCAGGGGGUCAGCGGGGAGCCCCUGGCCCUGCACUGCCCGGCCGAGGGCAGCCCCAGGCCCCGCGUGGCCUGGACGCUGCCCGGGGGCCGCGUGCUGCAGCGGCCGCAGCUCCGCGGGCGGCUCCUGCUGCUGGACAACGGCACCCUGCUCAUCGCGGCGGCCUCGCCCCUCGACACGGGCACCUACCUGUGCCGGGCCCACAACGAUGCCGGGCACUCCUCCCUCAGCGUCCCGGUCGUGGUCGCGGCCUACGCCCCGCGGAUCACGGGCAGACCGCCCCCGGCCAUCCACACCACGCCGGGGGCGGCCGUUCAGCUCCACUGCGUCGCGCUGGGCCUCCCCAAGCCAGAAAUCACCUGGGAGCUGCCUGACCGCUCCGUGCUCUCCACAGCUCACCAGGCCCGGGGCUCUGGGGGCGCACUGCUCCACCCCACGGGGACCCUGCUCCUGCAGAACCCCCAGCCCUCCGGUUCUGGCACGUACAGGUGCACAGCGAGGAACCCCCUGGGCACCGACACUGCAGCCACCUACGUCCAUGUCAUCUGA